CUUCAGGCCUGACGUCAUUGUCGCCUGUGUUUUUUAUGAAUGAAGGAAUCCAACCUCAGAGAGCAGCGGAGUAAUUCCGGGAAAAGGCGGACUGACAUUUUGUCGCCAGAGUCGCUUCGACCUAGCAGAGUGUGUGUAUCUGUGUUGACUGGUGCCUGGGGAGACACUUUAGACAGUUGGACCAUGACGUCAGAAAGAAGUAGCAAAGCCCUGAAGGUGAAGCAGGAAUGUGGCGAGAAUGUGCCCAUGCUGUCGGACAGCGAACUCAUGUCCCUCUCAGUACGAGAGUUGAACCUUCACCUGCGUGGCCUCUCCCGUGAGGAAAUCCAGAAGCUAAAGCAGCGCCGUCGCACCUUAAAGAACAGAGGCUACGCCGCCAGCUGCCGGGUCAAACGUGUCUCACAGCGUGAGGCGCUGGAGCAGCAGAAAACAGAGCUGCAGAGGGAAGUGGACCGGCUCGGAGCUGAGAACGCCGGCAUGAGGAAAGAGCUGGAGGGGCUCGGCGCUCGUCUCGCCGCCCUACAGAGGUUCGCCAGAGGCUUAGAAGCUGGAGGAGGCCACCUGCUCGCCACCGCCCCACGCCUCAACACCGCCUCCGUCAUCACCAUCGUGAAGAGCCCACCACAGCCGCACCCACAGAGGGAACAGGAGCCAUCCUAGAGGAAACUUCUAGAACCAGACUGAGGGGAGGGACGCACAACCUGCAAUGCAAACACACACACUUACACUUACACAUGAAUAUACUACACACGCAAACUGAUAACAGGAGGACAACUUUAGCAGGAAAAUACCAAACUCCUGCCGAUAGAACUCCUUCAUUCACAAAGAAUUACAAGAUUUAUUUAGGCCUGUAUGACACAGUGAUGACAGGGGUGUGUGUAACAUCACCUUAAACACAACAACUGUUCUUAGUUUUCAAAAAAACGAGCCAGGAACAGUCAAAAAACUCUGAUCAGGACCAGUGGAGGUGUCCUCUACUUAAAGACUCUGCAGUUUAGUUGACUGAAAUGUACCUAAGUGUAUUUAGCUAUUAAAAUUUAGAAUAAUGUUGAGAACGAUGCAGCAGGUUAAAUGUGAAUGAAGCAAAUCAUCAAACACACACGUGCACACACUCACACACGCACAACCCCCCCCACACACUCAUUCCCCUGAUCCAUGCAGGGGUGUUCUCGUCAACUAACUGAACUCUGACUGAAGCCAGAACAUCAUCACCAGAGUUACUGCACAUCCUCACGCUACCGUUUCCAUCACAGAUCACUAACGCUCGGGGAACUCCUCUCUGCUUCACCUCAUGGCAUCUGACCAACAGCAGAAUGCUAGGCGGGGUGUAGCCCACCUAUGUGCAGCUUCCUCCACCUUUUACAGUGUCUGCAUUCCUGGUACAGUUGUAGCUGCUGGCUGUCUCUUGUAUUAGCCCGGCUCAUGUGUCUCUGCUGCUGUGCCCCAAAGUGUGAGUCACUUUUUUUUUGUUAGUCAUUAAUGAUGAGUUUCUCAACCUUGGUGUCACUUGAUCUGUAGGCGAGGUCAUGGGAGAUUUGAGGCACAUUUGAUGUCAUUUCUAUGUGUCUAAAUUUAAAAGUUAAGGAGGAAAUCCUCUAUAUUAUCAAAGUAGAGCUUGGAGGAGCAGAAAGGAGAAAACACAGUCCAGAAAAUGUUGAGUAACACUGCAUUUGUGAAUGUCCAUUCAGUGAAAUUUCAAGUAUAGGGUUUCACCUGUUGCCACUACUCCCUCCCUCUCUGUUUCAGGGAGAGCAGAUUAAUACUGCUUGUGCACAUAUUUCUCACAGCAAUGCAGUGCCUUCAGUGUAUGUUGGAGUUAGAAGCAUGCAAACCUUAGAGGGAAAGGUUAAAACAGGCUGUAAUUGCUCCUUCUUGACCACACAUUACUUUGUUCUCUGGAUUCUCCCUUAUUUCGCUGAGCUGUAAUCCCUCACUGCUCAUUUCACAAUCCCUACUGUGCAGUAACUUUGCUACAGUCUGCUAUGGCUUCCCUUUUUCAUAUCUGCUAGACUCCCAACAAAACAUGUUGGUCAUUUUGCUAAAAAAGUGUAAAAGCAGAGUCACAUCUGGUAAGAAUUACGCUCAAGGUUCAAUGCAAAUCCUCUGCAUACAUUCCCAUUGUGUGUUCUUUAUUUGUACCGUUUGUAUGUGCCGUUGAGAGACGAAAAUGUUGAGUGACAUUUAUCAGAGAUAUAUUCUAUAUUUUAUUUGUAUUUAAAGGUAGAUAUUAUGAAAAGACAAGCUAACGAGUGCUGUGAUGUUCUAUAUGUUUUCAGAAGUACUUACUUAUGACUAGUCCGGGGAUAUUCUCUGUCUAAUUAUUGUGUUGUGUGGCGAUGAUGAUUACUUUUACAAAAUGUUAAUUAUUAUUAUUAGUCAUGUAGAAAUAUGCUCAAAGCCAAUGGCCAUAUUGCUGUAUGAUGAUUUCUCUGUGUGUGUUUUUGCUAUGUUUGUACUGGCUUGUCAUAGUGGAUUCUUGGAGGGAUUUUUAUUUUUCUAUGAUGAUUUGUGAUGAUGUUGUUUGUCUGAAAAAUUAAGGUCACUUCUGGAUUGGC